UGGACUACGAGAAACGACUCAUCCAAAGGCCCGAUACAAGCCUCCUUUCCGGGGGACAUUUCUCAUCCUAUCCGAAGGGCUUGGUCGGAAGCUUUUAAAAGCAAUGGAUACUAUAUGCCAGCUGACCCCUUUCUUGGGGCCUCUAUUGGAGGCUUUAGUACUACGGCCAGUAUCCAUCCGGAAACUAAGGAGCGAAGCUAUGCUGCGUCAGCAUACUACACUCCUGUUAAGUAUCGAGAAAACUUGCAUGUCUAUACAAAUGCCUUAGCCGAGAAAAUUCUCAUCGAUGGCAGCCAGCAACCGAGAGCUUACGGGGUUCAAUACAAGCAGAACAAUAAGACGAAGACUGCUAUCGCAGCUAAAGAGGUGAUACUGGCAGCCGGCGCCUUGCAGUCUCCAAAGCUGCUGGAACUCUCUGGCAUAGGCAACCCGAAGAUACUUGAGAAACAUAAUAUUCAGGUUAUCAAGGAUCUACCCCAGGUCGGCGAAAAUCUUCAAGACCACCUCGGCUGUUACGUAAGCUACGAGGCAGUAGACGAUAUUGAUACACUCGACGAUCUAGUACGACACGAUCCUGAAGCGCUAGGAAAAGCCAUGAAAGACUAUGCAACUGACAGAUCAGGCAUGCUUGGCUCUCUUGGUGUUUAUUCAUACGCAUAUAUGCCUUUAGUUCAAUCUUUUUCUGGCAAGGGUCAUGAUACGCUAAAAGAACUGCUCGAUCAAUACCGACCAGUCUCGGGGAAACAGCCCGACCAAGCCCAGGCCAGUAUCUACUACGAUAUCGCAGAGAAGACACUUCUCAACCCAAAGGAACCAUCGGGAACCUUUCUCGCCGCAAUCUCGCAACCGCCAACCCCAAUGGAACCCAACUCGAGCUCGACAGGUCCUCUGAAUGGCAAAUAUAUCACGUUUAGCGUAAUGCUUUCGCAGCCCCUUUCACGUGGGAGUGUGCAUAUUAGUUCAGACCAUAUUUCUGCGCCGCCGACCAUCAACCCCAACUAUUUAUCAAAUCCCCUUGACCUUGAGAUAUAUGCGCGCCAUGUACAAUACAUCGAAACUAUAGCCACAUCACCCGCGUUCGACAAGCUACUUAAACAGCCACUUCGUAGCAGUAGUCCUUCGUUUGAUAUGAGUAGCUUGGACGCAGCCAAGAACUAUGUACAAUCAAGUGCAGCAUCGGUAUGGCAUGUCUGUGGCAGUUGUGCCAUGCUGCCCAAGGACAAGGGUGGUAUUGUGGAUACGCGACUAGGGGUCUACGGAGUAGAGAACCUGCGCGUAGUAGAUGCGAGUGCCAUUCCGCUAAUCAGCACGGCAAGCCUGCAGACUACCGUAUACGCCUUCGCGGAACGGGCCGCGGACUUGAUUAAGGAGAUACAUGGGUUGAAAUGAUGAGAAAUGGGCGUACAACGGGGAUAAUUCGGAGUUGAUGGAGUCCAGGUUUAUAUACCUAAAUGCCCAAUCAAGGCAAUCUAUGAAGCUAAAUCAAAGAUUUUACGUACCUGUUCCUAGUAUCAAUCUGACCCUUUACUCUAAGUAUCAUCAUGGGCCUACCCACUAGCGAGGACCUAUUCAGCAGGCAUAGCCACCAGAUGAAGUCAAUAUUUUCCUCUGAAGUUGAUAAAGUUGUUAAACUGAUUACUGAGAUGAUGGUAAGUCAAAUAACUCAUUUGUUCUCACCUGCCAGGGAAAGAUACAUGGCCGCAUCAGGUAUAACCUAAAAUUCGAAGUCGCAAAGACAAAAAGCGAACAUUUACGAAGAGGAUACCUAUCCUUUCGCAUACUAAGAAAAGACGGGAUAUAUGUAUAAACCUACCUCUGUAUGCGUUGCUUAGAGACAUGUCAAGGCGGCAAGGCAGACUGACUUUUAUUUCAGACGAAGCUUGAGAGUAACACCCCC